UAGCCAUGUCUGACCUUGUGCUUGGGUACCCUAUGGCCAGCUUUCGGUGCGGUAUGCAUGUGCAGGGUUUAUCCGCAACCUCCCAAUGAUAGAUGCAAACACCUAAUAAUGUCCCGUCCUUCAGUGCUUUAGCAAUUGGAAUUCUAGUCAUACCCUCCUGCUACGGUUAUAACAAUUACAAUUCCAAUUACACGCCCUGGAAUGAUGAUCCUGCAGGCCAAGUCGGACUCUCCGGUUGUAUUCAGCCGCGUUUUUCCAGCUCCCGUCGGUCUCCCGUAACUCAUCGGCCGGUUGCGACGACUCAUCUUCCACGAGAUCUCCAAGGCAAAAAGUCAUUACGAAGAAUGCUCACGCCAGCCUCACUUACUUUCACCGAAACUGCGUUUAUGUGCUCAGAGCUCUAGUCGAUAAAUCAGCCGCGUUCCCAAAGCUUCAUCUUCUUCAAUUAUUCCUUCUCAUAAAGUCGACGAGGUCCAGCAACUUCACAACAACCUCAUCCUUUCCACCAAUGGCCUCCUUGCCUACACA